AUGGAUAUUAACAAAAGUAUAACUACAAAAGGAGGAGCUGCUAAAGAGCGUGAAAAAAAAAGAAUUAAGUUAAAUGUAGCGGCAAAAUCGUGUCAAAAUAUACAACACUUUUUUAUGCCAAUAAAUAAAAUUAAUGAACACGAUAUUGACGAUCCUGCAUCUGUAUCAAACUUGAUCUUGAAGCAUAACAGUGAAAAUCAAAUAAAUGAUGAAUGUGAUAAUACAAGUCAAGAAAAAGAGCCUAAUUUAAAAGUUGUCACCUCAUCUGAUACUCAAGUAAUAGAAUGUGAAAAUACAAGCCAAGAAGAUUACAUGACAAAUUUAGAAGUUAUUACUUUAUCUGUUUGUUUUGAUGGAGCAUCGACCAUGUCUGGUCAUUUAAAUGGCGUUCAAUCAAAAUGCAAAGAGAAAAACAAUAGCAUAAUGUAUGUACAUUGUUACGCUCAUUGCUUAAAUUUAGUGUUGGUUGAUUCUAUAUGUGAAAAAUCAAAUUCUAAAGGAAAACAAAAUCGAUUAGUUUUUAAUUUUUUAGGAACUGUUCAAUUCAUAUAUAACUUUAUAGAAAGUAGUCCUAUGCGACACGCAACUCUGGAAAAAGUUGCAAAAGAAACUGGUGAUAAACUCCACACAUUGAAGUCAUGUUCAAAUACAAGAUGGGCUUGUCGAGCAGAAGCUGUGAAAGCAAUUAUGAAUAAUUAUGAAGUUUUGAUUAUUGCAAUAGAAAACAUUUGUGAAAAUUGUUCAGUGCCAGAGAUGAGAGCUAAAGGAAUUGGUUUAUUAUAUCAAUUAAAAACCUUUGAUUUCAUUUUUGGUAUGCAUAUGAUGAAUCCAAUUUUAAUGUUAAUUUUAAAAGUUAGUACCUUACUCCAAGAACCAAAUCUUAAUCUUGUUUUGGCAAUGAAAAAUGUUAAUAGUUUGAGAAGUACAUUAGAUAGUAUGAGAAAUGAUGACAGUGAAUACAAACAAAUGUUUGAUAGAUCUGUUAUAUUAUGCAAAAAACAUGAUAUUGUUAUUCCAGAUAGUAAUUCUCGCAAAGUUUCAACUCGUUUAGAUUCUAAUUCAUCAAAUCAAGCUUUUUUUAAUACAAAAUUUGAUGAAUUGAAAAUUACAGUAUUCUAUCCAUUACUUGACAAACUACUCAGUGGAAUUGAUUCAAGAUUUAAGCAGGAUACAUUUGACUUGGUUGAUGCUAUGGCAUUUUCAGAGGAAGAUUUAAUUACUGAACUGAAACUUUUAAAAAAUUAUGAAAAUGCUAUGCAACUAAAUGGUGCUUCUAGUAAAUCUAUUUAUGAAUGGAUUGAUUGGUUGAAAACAACUGGAAAUUCUACAGUAUAUACUUGUGUUUUUAAAACUUUGAAAAUGUUUACAAUCAUACCUGUAACUAGCUGUACUUGUGAACGUGUUUUUUCAAAAUUAACUAUUGUAAAAAACAAAUUACGCAGUACAAUGAGUCAAGAACGUUUGGAGUCAUUAUUACUGCUUUUCACUGAACAAGAAAUGGUAUCAAAGGUAGAUUUAAAUGCAGUAAUAGAUGAAUUCAACAGUAAGGGGAACAGACGAAUGUCUCUCUAA